AGUCUACACAUUCUGUGCAUGUCUUGUGGUGGUGUACACACUCACACUUGACAUUUGAGCAAGUUUGAAGAAACAAAAGGAAGUAAAGAGUGUUUUCCUGAGAGAGACUGGGGAUUUGUUUAUGUUUUCUCUGACAACAUGGAGUACUGCUUUUUGAAAGGAUUCCUAGUGGUUUUGUUGAUACAACACUGCAAGUCUGAAGGUCUUUCUACCUCUAUCCAAUCCUCCACAGUGGUCACCCUGCAAGAUGGCCAGGCCUUACCCCGGGAACCAGAGCUUCCCCAUACAGAGGUGGUACCUGUGGUGGCCCCUCCUAGCCUGAAGGAGGUGCAGCAGGCUGUGCAGGAGGCCUCAGAACAGGUGGAGGGUCGAGGGGCCGAGGAAGUGCUGAAGGAGCUGCUGGAGAGGGUGGUGGAGGCAGCUAUGGGGCAGGUGGAAGGAGGAGGUGAAGCGAAAGUAGAUGAGCCAGAAGUGCAUGAUGCGUUUGAGGAGGAUGCACUGGGGGAUAAAAAAGGAGAGACAGAAAGUGACACAGAGGCUGAAGUGUCGGAGCAGACAGUGGAGGAGAAGGUGGAAGGUGAAGAUAUGGGUGCUGAGGGGGGAGAUACGAGGGUUGGAGAGGAGCAGGAGAUAGCAAAGGUGGAUGCGUUUGAAGAUGAAGUUGAGGAGGGAAAAGGAGCUGCCGAGGGGAUGGAGGAGACUGCAGCUGGAUUUGUGCAGGAGACUACAGCAGAUGUAGAAACUGGAGGCAGAGAGGCAGAGGGAGUGGAGGUUAUCGGUGAGUUACUAGACACCAAAGUCAGUCAGGAGGUUGUGGAAGAAGCUCUAGCUGCUUUAGAAGAGACAGGAGGGUAUUUAGCAGUGGAAGAGACAGAGGUGGAGGGCAGUGAUGAGCAGGUUCUGUUGUGGGAAGUAAAAGAAGCAGCUAAAUCAGAAACACAGGCGGUAGAGGAAGUCCCAGCUGUUGUGGAUGUGGGAAUGGGUGGAGAGCCAGAGGAGGAGACCGUGGUAGACUCUGACCCUAGCCUGGCGGUGGCUGAUGUGGAGCAGUUAGGGGAUGCAUGGGGAAAGGAAGAAACUCAGGUAGAUGAAAUGAAAGGUGAGGUGAUAGUACCACAUUUUGAUAAUUAUGAGAGAGAGACAACACAAACUGUGGCAGGAGAGCCAGUAGAGGUGGAGGACAAGGAGAAGGUAAACAUAGUGAAGGAUGCCGAAGGACCAGAGGUAGACAAUGAACAUGGCCAUUUAGUGGUGGAGGUAGGAGAUGCUGAAGAGGUUGAAGUAGAAGUUGCAAAAGUAGGGGAAGCGGAAGGACGUGAAAUAAAUAGAGGGAGUGUAAUCAAGGAGGAAUCGGUGGCAUUAGUGAAUGAGGUCGGUGACCAACAAGCAGGAGAAGAGGAGCAGAUUGCUUCGGAGACCUCACUUGACAGUGAAAAAGAGGAUCAAGAAGUGCUGGUGAUCUCUGCCCCAAAGCCACUGGACAGCGAUGAAGCCUCCAUAGAGCAGAACCCUGAGAAUCAGGCUCCCACCCCCAGGCCAUCCUUAGGUGGGGUGGAGACAGAAGAAGAUACCCUUGGUGAUGAGAAAUCCAACAAUGGGAAUGAGAUCAUUACCACUACUGAUUACCUUUUACCACACAACCCUGUUGUGGCCCAACCUACACUGGAUAAUUUUGUUAAGGAUUUUCCAGCUGAACCCCCUCAGGCAGAAGGGGAGGAACCAGGGGAGGCCAAUGAACUGGUGGAAGAUACAGCCGGAAACACAGACACAAGUGAGCUGAGCCUGGAGGCAUGGAAGAUUGGGGCUAUUUGUGCUGCAGCCUUCUUGGUGUUGGAGACCGUUAUCAUCAUUAUCUAUAUCCAAAAACAUCCAUCUUGCAACAAAAACAGUGUCCCAGCUCUACAGCGAGCAUGUGAGGAAGGGUGUGUUGAACCAGAGGCAGCUACAGGAGGUGACUGCAGUGACGACACACUUCCUGCAAGCAAUGGGGACGCUCAACAGAUAGCAUCACAUGACCCAUUUGAUGUAGCUUCAACCCUAGCCCAAAACAAAGAGCAGCAUGAAGAGGAGCUUGCAAUAGCCCUGUCCGACCUCCCACCCAGCUCCGCAGAGGAAUCAGUCAACACUGGACCUGGACCAGACUCCUCACAAGACCUCAGGACUUCCAUUCUCUAGGGGGUCCAAGUGUUUUGUCUGUUUUUACUGUAUCUUAACAAAAUCCAAAAAGCCACUCUCCAUCCCUACAUUUAAUCUACCCAGACACCCAAUGAGUUAACCUAAAUUCUCAAAGCCUAACCAAACUGACACAGACUGCCUUGAAUUCUGACUAUAAUAACUACUGUAUAUGUAAUACAUUUGUAUUUGAUGUUUGUGACCACAUGUCUGUUUGUGUGAGUGUAAACUGAAAGAAAAAGGAGCGAAGUAAGAGAAGGCUUUUUUCCCCUGCUCAGUAAAAACCCUUGGAACCUGGUAAUACAGCCACCUCAUGGAACAGAGAUUAAAACUGCUGGAAUUCUGCUCUAGGAGAUUUCAUAAAUAUGUUGGCAGUUUACUCAACAUGGCCUUGUAUAAACAUGUAAUGAAUCUAAUUUUAUGUAUCUAAGCUUUUUAGGCUACAAAGAAAUUGUUAAGAAAUGUUUUUCAUGCUAACCAAAUUAGUCAUGCUAUACAAAGCUGUUAGAAUCGAUGUAAAAAGGGCAGUUGGUAUAAACCAUUUUCACGUUUUAUCAACAAUUCACAAAAGCUUAUUUUUGCGGUAUCAUGGAGCACCACACUCGCAAACAAAAAACAAAAAAAAACAUUUGAGAUGACAUUACGUUUAAAACUGUAUUUGAUUUAUUGUAUUUUAUUCUACCUGUGUAUCAUCAUUUGUGAUUUGAGCAUUACCAAAUUAAACUGACAAUGGUGAA